AACGAAUUUGAAUCGAUCCGAGAGCGAUUAUCGACGUUAUAAGCUCCGUGAUAGGCUGGACAGAGCUCAUGAUUUCGUGAUUGGUCGACUUCUCUAUGCGUAAUCCAUAAUGGCGGUCACACAGUUUUAAUGAAUAAGUCUUUAUUCCUUUGUACUCCGUGAGAGAUGGCACUGGAAGCUAUACGUGCGCAAAAGAUACAUUAAUUAUCGCAGAGUACCCUUCACCUUGUACCAUUUAAUUAUCUUUAGAGGGGGAGUUCGUACCCGCUGACCGAUGCAGCGCGGGCGACUUCCUGGACGUUCUCUCGAGGCACCGCUCUCUUCCUUCUUUCGGGAUGAGGAUACGCGACACCGGGAACGUUCGGUGAUAUAACGGUAACGCGCAAAUAAAUGAGGUGUGUGUUCUUGUCGAGGUUACUACAUAUCUUCAAAGGUGAAAGUACACGCAAAGUCGAAUGUGUAGCAUGUAACAAAGCGCGGGACGAAACGUUCCUUCGAUCGUGGCAGAUCGUUUACAUGUUAAGACUAAGUCGGUUGUUCCUAAGAACACUGCGCAAGAGUACUUCCGCACCUAUGGAUAAUUCUGUGUCUCUUCAAGAUUGCAAAAAAGCCACCAUGGAGCCAUAUCUCGACAGAUGUUACAGCCAAAAUAACGCCGCUGCAAUGUGCAACAUACCAUUUAACGCGACUCCAGGCAAUUCGAUUUAUUGCCAGAGCCAUACGUACGAUGCAGCUUAUAGCGUCAAAGCCAACGUGUGUACAACAGCUGCGAAUUGCCUGCCAGGAAAUCAGGUACUCGACAGACAGAGAUACAAAGCUAUAAGAAAGUGGAAGAAAUUUGGGAAAGGUAGACCGAACAGUAAUGCAGAAAGUUCUUUCACGCUGAGGCUUUUGUCUUUCAAUAUCCUGGCGCAGAAUCUGUUGGAAACUCACUCCUACUUGUAUCAUGAGCACGACCCAGCUGCUCUAAGUUGGAAGAUUAGAAAACCUCUGGUGUUACAGGAGAUAAUUGAAGCAGAGGCAAAUAUAAUUUGCCUUCAAGAAAUGCUGGAGGAUCACUUGCCAGAAUUUGUAGCGCCGUUACGAGAACUCGGAUAUGAGUAUUUGUAUAAGAAGAGAACGAACGACAAAAAGGACGGUUUGCUUUUGUUAUAUCGCAGUGAUCAGUUUACUUUGCUAGAUUAUGCGAAGGUGGAGUUACAUCAAUCUGGCAUCGAGGUCUUAAAUAGAGACAAUGUUGGAAUAAUCGCUAAAUUGUCCCUCAGAGACAGCCCGGAAACACAAUUUAUAGCUGCCACUACUCAUUUGUUAUAUAAUCCGAGGCGCGCCGAUGUACGAUUGGCGCAGACACAGCUUCUGUUAGCAGAAAUAGAGCGAAUGGCGUUUGUCGAAGACACACGAACGGGUCCGAAGUACUUACCGAUCAUAUUGGCGGGAGACUUUAACCUGACGCCAUUUUCAAGUGUCUACAAGUUCCUAACGGAAGGUUCAUUUAAGUACUAUGGUAAAGGACGGAGUUUAGAGUCGAGCAAAUUCCAAUCUCUGUCAAACUCCUUGAUACCGCCGCGAUUAUGCGUCACCGACAAUUGUCAACACUUUAAUGUCUUAACUCAGAGAGUACGAAGGGAAGGCAACGGCAAAGUCAUGCUGGAAAACAGCGAAUCGUCUUCGGAGAGAACGGAUGAAGAUGUGCGUACGUCUUGUAGUGCGAGUAAUGUGAACGUCAAUACCAGCCGUACGCAGAUCAUCGAGAUAGCACAGGGCCAUUCUGUAAAGUUUUCAUCCGGUGUUCUAACGCAUCCUCUUAAUAUGCGCAGCGUAUAUACGCAUAUGAACGGCAAAGGUGACAUGGAGGCGACGACGCAUCAGGAUGAAUGGAUCACUGUCGAUUAUAUUUUUUAUAGCAACAUUCAACCUAUUGAGAAGUACGUCUUACCUACUGUGAGCCAGUGCGCCAUGUUACCAACCAUACCAAAUUUUAUAGUAGGUAGUGAUCAUUUGAGCAUAGGUGCCACUUUUCAGUUACCGAGAAAAAAAUCUCUGCUCUAAACUUUUCGCUAUAUCAUACCUUGGAUAGUUAUAUUUUCAUUAAAUCUAGAUUUUGAUGUAAGGAAAAAGAGCUUAUGGAACGUCAAUUAAUGCAGAUUUGUCAAUAGUGUAUCUGACCUUAUUAUUAAUUUAUUAUAUUGAUUAUGUACGCGUUAAUCGCCAAUUUUCUUUAUUUUUUGCUCGAUGAGUUGUUUUCCUUAAAUCUGGGUGUUCGAUCUGAGGAAAGAGCUUGAACAUCAACUUACACAGAUUCGUUAAACAGAUUCGUUACUAUUGUAUCAGAUCUUACUUUUAAUUUAUUAUAAUUGAUAGUUUACGAUUUUCACCAACUUUUUUUUUUUAUUUUUCCUCGAUGGAAAUUUGGUGUAACGUUCACUUAUUAUGUACAGCAUUCGAAAGUGCCGACAUUUCUUUUUACUUUUCAACUAUUUUUUUGACGAAUGAUUUAUGUUUUGACUGUUAAAAUUCAAACGAUCUAUCAAUCAUUGAUAAAUAAAAGCGUUUAUUUUUAUGCAAUUUCUAAUUCAAUAAUAUUGAAUUAUUCGUCAACUUCUUAUUUUUGCUCAUCGGAAUUGCGAAUUCAGUGUGACAUUUACUUGUAAUGUACAGCACUCGAUAGUGCCGGAAUUUCUUUUUAUUUUUUAUUUUUCAACAUUAUUUUUCUGAUAAAAACAACUGAUUUGUGUUUUGACUGUUAAAAUUCAAAUAAUCUAAUAAUCAUCGGCAAAAGGACCGUUUAUUUUUGUGCGAUUUAUAAUUCAAUAAUAUUAAAUUAGAUAUUGCAUGAAUAGCAAUAGUAUCAUUCAUUAUAUAAAGAGGGGCUAAAUCAGAAAGCAUUACGACAUUAUGAUUAUCUUGUAUCACCUAUUGUUGUAUGGCAAGGGACAAAAUAAACUCAACAAUGUUUUA